AUGUUGCCGGUAACCACUGACGGAGAAGUGCUGACGAAAGGUAAAAAUUACGAUAAACAGCUAGCUGUUUCGGAGAAAAAUUUCUUGAAGGAAAAAGAAAAAUUUGAAAAAAAGAAGCAAGAGUUGAAAAAGAAUAAGAUUAAUAAUCGAUUAUUAAAAACGAAGACCAUUUUCGAUGAAAGCUCCGAAGAAGAAUUGGAUACUCAAUUCACCGCGUCGAGCGAAAUUAACGAGAUACCAUCUGAUCAGACAAAAAAAACAAACAACAACGUAUCUGAUCGUCCAAAACGCAAAAAAGAAAAGCAUCGUGAUAGUAACUAUGAAUGGGAUUUACCAAGUGUCACUAAAAAAGCUUCUAUGAAAAAAGAACGACAAAGAGAGCGAAAGCAAAAGCUUGACCAGGAGAGAGAGCGAGAUCAACGGCUAGACCAGGUGCAAGCAAAAGAGCGAGAUAAAGACCAAGACGUUGAUUUUUGUUAUUUCAGUGAUGAUAACGUAAGUCAGUUCGAUUUGGAAAAGGAUAGACAAAGUCAAGAGCUGGACCAGGAGCGAGAGCUAGAACGAGAACGAGCCAGGGAGCUGGACCGACAACAAGAUCAAGAGCUUGACCAGGAGCUAGAGGAGGAAGAUCGACUGAAAGAAUGCCGAAGAUAUAGAAGAGGAAAAGUACAAAUUUGCGAAGACUUUGAGAACAUCUGGAUAGACAAAUCAGAGUUGACUUGUCUAUAUAGAUGGAAAAACAAACCGAAAGAAAUGGCACGGCGUCUGUUGAGAAUUCUUGUUGGCAACAAAAAUUUAAAAAAUAUGUGCGCUAGGGGAAGAUCAACAAAGAAUAAACCGAUUCCGGAGGAUAUUGUUGCAUGUAUUGAAUACUAUGUUAACAAAAAGUGCCCAGAUGGACUUACUCCCGCAGCGUUCACUACAGUCGCGAAUUAUAUGAUCGGGUCAUUACGCCAUCCUAAAUUAUAA